AACAGAGAUACAUUUAAGGGCACCACUUUUUUCAGCGUCGUGUUUACAAUUCAUAUUUGAAUUUCUGGCGCUCAUAUGGAGUUCAUACCGACUGUUCCAAUUUUAUUUUUCCUGUUGGGAAUCUGUAAUAAAGGUUUAGCAGUUUUGAUCCAAACCCAGCAGACGGUGUUGGCAGCAGUAGGAGAAGAUGCUCCUCUCAGCUGUCGGCUCCUGGAAACUAAAGACGUCCAGCAGGUCACCUGGCAGAAAGUGUUGGAGAAAACAGAGAGGAAUAUUGGUUCCUACAGCCAGUAUUUUGGUGAAACAGUGAAUCCUGGAUUUAAAGAUAAAGUUCAGUUUACAGAAGCUGGACUGCAGAAGAACUCUAUAGUUAUCAGGAACGUUACAGAGCAGGAUGCAGGAUGUUAUCUCUGUCUGUUCAACACCUACCCUGAUGGAGCUCUGAUAGCUGCAACCUGCCUGGAGGUUUAUGAGCUGCAUGGACCCUUCAUUAACGUCAGCAGGUCAAACUCUCCUCCAGGGUCGGAUGUGACCUGUUCAGCCACAGGUCGGCCUGUUCCCAUGGUAACACUGACUGUUCUCCAUCAGAACCUCAGCUUCUCCCACUACAACACCAGUACAGAGACCAACACUAACGGUACCGUCACCGUCACCACUAAAGUUCUGCUCUCAGAUCUCAGCAGCACACAGGUUGGAUGUUCAGUGUCAGUGGACUCUGCUGCUCCCAGAGAGCUGCUGGUCACCGUUCCUGGACUCACUGAGACGUCUGAUGAUGGGUUGGCUAAACAAUCUCGGUCAUAUCACCUCGCCCCCAUAUGGCCUUUGAUUGCUGCAGUGAUGCCAGUCAUGAUUUCUUUAGCUUUCCUGCUCAGAAUAAGAUAUCAGAGAAGCCACAGGAAUAAGAAACCUUCAGAGGACACCACAGAAAAUCAGAAGAUGGACAUCUCAUCAGCGUCGAGCAAAAACCUCAGACAACAAACACCUGAAAAACAAAAACUAAACAGUGGGUUAUACUCAUCGCCAUGACAACAGAAACACUACAUUUUAACCUUUUUGUUUGGUUAACCCACCAAUAUGUAAUAAGGCAGCUAAUCCUCAAGUUAAUUAGAUAAAAGCCGGUAAUCAAGUUUUGUCUCAGUUCCACUGAACAACAAUCAGUGUUUAUAAUUGCAAGAGCAUGAAAUAUUUUCUGUUUUUGUAUUGUUUUCAGUGAUGCUGUUUGGUUUUUACACCAAAUUUGAUCAAAAAUGAUGACAAAACAUUUCUUAUAAAGAUGCUGUUAGACAAAAAUAAUGCCUCCUGCACCUUUUCAAGUAUUGUUUUCUUGUUUGUUUUUAUUAUUAUUUUUUUUACAAUAAUAAAGAUUAUCUUUUAAGUAUCUUCACACCAGGUGACUAAAGGAGAAGAAUGUAUUUUUGUUUUUGUACUGAAGGUAAUGUAUACAUCUACAUAAUGAAUUAGACAAAUGUCGAAGUUGCUGCUGAUUCAAAAGAAACUGCAAUUAUGAGGACUUUAUGCUUGAUAUUUUUUAAUCUUUGCAAACUUUCAUGAUUUCCGAUGAAAUCAAUGAUGUAAAACCAGAAAGAAAAAUGUUUUACAUUUGAUAUUGGAAUACAAUGAGAAAUAAAAUUUUUGUAUCUUUUCUUUUACAUACAUUUAAAACAAUGUGAACUUAGAAUUACAGGCAAAGGAAAAGUAUCAUAUUAAAACAGAUGUAAAAAAAAAA